AUGGACGCCGCCCCCCCUCCCGCCCCAAUCCCCACGCGCGCGCUACAGCUUUCUCGCGUUGCUUGCCGUCGUCUCAUGCAGCGCAUGGAGACUCCAGCUACGGGCGGGCCUUUACUUGUCCUUACGCGGCGCCCGAAAUACUCCGUCAUCCUCCUCGGCCUCGAUAACGCCGGCAAGACCACCUUCCACGAGCAAGUCAAAGCCCUCUUCAACCCCGACCACCCGAGCCCCCGCCUCAAGACCGUGCCCACCGUCGGCCAGAAUGUCAGCACCGUCACCCUCCCCGACAUGUACCUCAAGAUCUGGGACGUCGGCGGCCAGAUGAGCCUGCGCAAGCUCUGGCAGAGCUACUACUCCUCGUGCCACGCCAUCGUCUUCAUCGUCGACAGCACCGACAUUGGCGACGGCGACCUCAACGGAGACGAUGACGACGACGCCGCCGCCAUCGCCGCCCGCGCCGAGCGCACCAUAUCGGGCCGGCUGGAGGAGUGCCGCCUCGUUCUCGAAGACGUGCUGCAAAACGAGGAGACCGAGGGCGUGCCUUUACUCAUACUCGCCAACAAGCAGGACAGGGAGGACUGCGUCGAGGUUGUGCGCAUCAAGGAGGGUCUCGUGAAAAGUGCGUUGACGGGCAACGGCGUGCGGGAGGCUGUGGAUUGGGUGCGCUCGAGGGUGAAGUGGAACAAGGAAUCCCGGCCGCCCGUGAUGAGGUGA